AUGUUUGCUCGUUUGAUAACAAGAAUAGCAAUGCCUGUUUUAAGAUGUUAGAGAAUUUAAUUUGGUCCAGCUUUGACAAUCUUGAACAAUAGAUUAAUAAUUCAUAAUCUAACUUAAAUUAGAAUUCCUGUAAUGGAUGAGUUAACAGAAUCUGAUUAAGACGAAGAAUUACAGUAAAUCUUAAUUAAUCAACUUAGGGAUAGCAUUAGUUUAACAUCUGCAUGA